ACAAUACUAAUAUAUUCACACCUUCCUAUAAACAUCUCCUAGUGGCAUGCAUCUCAACUUGCAAGCCAUUAGCCAUCAACUCACACUUUACAAUAUCAUAUAAACCAACCAAACUCCUCAUCCAUUUCUCUUAUCCCAAUCCCCAACACUAACCAACAAAUGACCACUAUCACUAACUUUUCCCUUCUAUUCAUAUUCAUAUUCAUAUUCCUCUCUCAAACUACAUCUCUCUCAAAAGCAUGCCAUCCACAAGAUGAAACCAUCCUUCUCCAAAUCAAAAAAGAAUUCAACAAUCCAUCUCUUCUCUCCUCAUGGAUACCACACACUGAUUGCUGUAACUUUAAGUGGUCCGGCGUUGCUUGCUCCUCCUUAACCAACGAUCGCAUCACCGAUCUAAGUAUCUCGGAUGACAUUCACAUUACUUCUCAUUUUCCUCCAUCUAUUGCUAACCUACCUUACUUAGAGACCUUAUUUAUCUAUAAUUUACCAAAUCUCACUGGCCCAAUUCCACAAUCCAUCAUCAAACUCACCAACCUUCGAUACCUUACAAUCAGUAAAACCGGUGUAAUAGGUCCAAUACCUAAAUUUACGUACAAAUCCAAAAACCUAGUUGAGUUGGAUCUAUCACACAAUAACAUCAUUGGAACACUCCCUCCUUCACUAUAUAAAUUGCCAAGUAUUUCAGGGAUUCUCUUUAACAAUAACAACUUAAGAGGCUCGAUCCCGACUUCAUAUGGUUACUUCAAUAACAGCCAUGUUUCUACUUUAGAUCUCUCUUACAAUAAACUUUCGGGGAAACUCCCGAUUUCGUUGUCCAAGUUAGAUAUUUACCUUGUUGAAUUGGCUUAUAAUAAGUUUGAAGGUGAUGCUUCUAUGCUUUUCGGUUCCAAUAAAAAGACAUUGGUGAUAGACAUUUCGGGGAACCGUUUUGCUUUUGAUUUUGGAAGAGUUGAGUUGUCUCAAACCAUAGCAACGUUGGAUGUGAGUCACAAUAAGAUCUAUGGUAGUUUUCCUAUGGCAAUGGAAAAUGUAACAUUUUUGAAUGUGAGCUAUAAUAGGCUAUGUGGUGAGAUUCCAAAGGUUGGAUAUUUCAACACUUUUGAUGUGUCUUCAUUUGUUCAUAACAAGUGUUUGUGUGGCUCUCCUCUUCCAAGCUGCAACUGAUCAAUUUAUUGUGUAUUUACCAUCCUUGUAGAUUUGUUUGUUAGAUAAAUGGGAGCUAAUGGUUUUCUAAUAAUUCGUGCAAUUGAUUCCAAA